AUGUAUAGCCAUGUAUUGCCAUGUAUAGCCAUGUAUUGCCAUGUAUACCCAUGUAUAGCCAUGUAUACCCAUGUAUAGCCAUGUAUUACCAUGUAUCACCAUGUAUUACCAUGUAUAGCCAUGUAUAGCCAUGUAUAGCCAUGUAUUGCCAUGUAUUGCCAUGUAUACCCAUGUAUUGCCAUGUAUUGCCAUGUAUAGCCAUGUAUUGCCAUGUAUACCCAUGUAUAGCCAUGUAUAGCCAUGUAUUGCCAUGUAUUACCAUGUAUCACCAUGUAUUACCAUGUAUAGCCAUGUAUACCCAUGUAUACCCAUGUAAAGCCAUGUAUUGCCAUAUAUAGCCAUGUAUUGCCAUGUAUAGCCAUGUAUUGCCAUGUAUAGCCAUGUAUAGCCAUGUAUAGCCAUGUAUAGCCAUGUAUUGCCAUGUAUAGCCAUGUAUUGCCAUGUAUAGCCAUGUAUUGCCAUGUAUAGCCAUGUAUAGCCAUGUAUAGCCAUGUAUAGCCAUGUAUAGCCAUGUAUAGCCAUGUAUAGCCAUGUAUAGCCAUGUAUAGCCAUGUAUAGCCAUGUAUAGCCAUGUAUAGCCAUGUAUAGCCAUGUAUAGCCAUGUAUAGCCAUGUAUAGCCAUGUAUAGCCAUGUAUAGCCAUGUAUAGCCAUGUAUAGCCAUGUAUAGCCAUGUAUAGCCAUGUAUAGCCAUGUAUAGCCAUGUAUAGCCAUGUAUAGCCAUGUAUAGCCAUGUAUAGCCAUGUAUAGCCAUGUAUAGCCAUGUAUAGCCAUGUAUAGCCAUGUAUAGCCAUGUAUAGCCAUGUAUAGCCAUGUAUAGCCAUGUAUAGCCAUGUAUAGCCAUGUAUAGCCAUGUAUAGCCAUGUAUAGCCAUGUAUAGCCAUGUAUAGCCAUGUAUAGCCAUGUAUAGCCAUGUAUAGCCAUGUAUAGCCAUGUAUAGCCAUGUAUAGCCAUGUAUAGCCAUGUAUAGCCAUGUAUAGCCAUGUAUAGCCAUGUAUAGCCAUGUAUAGCCAUGUAUAGCCAUGUAUAGCCAUGUAUAGCCAUGUAUAGCCAUGUAUAGCCAUGUAUAGCCAUGUAUAGCCAUGUAUAGCCAUGUAUAGCCAUGUAUAGCCAUGUAUAGCCAUGUAUAGCCAUGUAUAGCCAUGUAUUGCCAUGUAUAGCCAUGUAUUGCCAUGUAUACCCAUGUAUAGCCAUGUAUACCCAUGUAUAGCCAUGUAUUGCCAUGUAUUACCAUGUAUUGCCAUGUAUUACCAUGUAUCACCAUGUAUUACCAUGUAUAGCCAUGUAUAGCCAUGUAUAGCCAUGUAUAGCCAUGUAUAGCCAUGUAUUGCCAUGUAUACCCAUGUAUAGCCAUGUAUACCCAUGUAUAGCCAUGUAUUGCCAUGUAUUACCAUGUAUUGCCAUGUAUUACCAUGUAUCACCAUGUAUUACCAUGUAUAGCCAUGUAUAGCCAUGUAUAGCCAUGUAUUGCCAUGUAUACCCAUGUAUAGCCAUGUAUUGCCAUGUAUACCCAUGUAUAGCCAUACAUACCCAUGUAUAGCCAUGUAUUGCCAUGUAUUACCAUGUAUUGCCAUGUAUUACCAUGUAUUGGCAUAUAUUACCAUGUAUAGCCAUUUAUAGCCAUGUACUGCCAUGUCUAGCCAUGUAUUACCAGGUAUAGCCAUGUAUAGCCAUGUAUACCCAUGUAUAGCCAUGUAUACCCAUGUAUAGCCAUGUAUACCCAUGUAAUGCCAUGUAUUGCCAUGUAUACCCAUGUAUAGCCAUGUAUACGUAUGUAUAGCUAUGUAUACCCAUGUAAUGCCAUGUAUUGCCAUGUAUACCCAUGUAUAGCCAUGUUUACCCAUGUAUAGCCAUGUAUUGCCAUGUAUAGCCAUGUAUUGCCAUGUAUACCCAUGUAUAGCCAUGUAUUGCCAUGUAUUACCAUGUAUUGCCAUAUAUUACCAUGUAUAGCCAUGUAAUGCCAUGUAUUGCCAUGUAUACCCAUGUAUAGCCAUGUAUUACCAGGUAUAGCCAUGUAUAGCCAUGUAUACCCAUGUAUAGCCAUGUAUACCCAUGUAUAGCCAUGUAUACCCAUGUAAUGCCAUGUAUUGCCAUGUAUACCCAUGUAUAGCCAUGUAUACGUAUGUAUAGCUAUGUAUACCCAUGUAAUGCCAUGUAUUGCCAUGUAUACCCAUGUAUAGCCAUGUUUACCCAUGUAUAGCCAUGUAUUGCCAUGUAUAGCCAUGUAUUGCCAUGUAUACCCAUGUAUAGCCAUGUAUUGCCAUGUAUUACCAUGUAUUGCCAUAUAUUACCAUGUAUAGCCAUGUAAUGCCAUGUAUUGCCAUGUAUACCCAUGUAUAGCCAUGUAUUACCAGCUAUAGCCAUGUAUUGCCAUGUAUACCCAUGUAUAGCCAUGUAUACCCAUGUAUAGCCAUGUAUUGCCAUGUAUAGCCAUGUAUUGCCAUGUAUUACCAUGUAUAGCCAUGUAAUGUUAUGUAUAGCCAUGUACUACCAUGUAUAUCCAGGUAUUGCCAUGUACUGCCAUGUAUUACCGUGUAUUGCCAUGUAUUACCAUGUAUACCCAUGUAUUGUCAUGUAUACCCAUGUAUUGCCGUGUAUUACCAUGUAUAGCCAUGUAUACCCAUGUAUAACCAUGUAUAGCCAUGUAUAGCCAUGUAUACCUAUGUAAUGCCAUGUAUUGCCAUGUAUUACCAUGUAUAGCCAUGUAUUGCCAUGUAUUACCAUGUAUUGCCAUGUAUUACCAUAUAUCGCCAUGUAUUACCAUGUAUAGCCAUGUAUAGCCAUGUAUACCCAUGUAAUGCCAUGUAUUGCCAUGUAUUACCAUGUAUAGCCAUGUAUACCCAUGUAAUGUCAUGUAUUGCCAUGUAUUACCAUGUAUAGCCAUAUAUAGCCAUGUAUUGCCAUGUAUUACCAUGUAUAUUGCCAUGCAUUACCAUGUAUAGCCAUGCAUUACCAUGUAUACCCAUGUAUUGCCAUGUAUUACCAUGUAUAGCCAUGAAUACCCAUGUAAUGCGAUGUAUUGCCAUGUAUUACCAUGUAUAGCCAUGUAUAGCCAUUUAUCGCCA